AUGAUCAAAGCCGCUGUAAACUAUUCCCUAGUAGUUGUACUCGGAUGCAUCGUUGUGGUAACAGUCCGCGUAACUCUGCCCAGCAUAUUGGACUAUGAGGAACCGAGUUUGUUUCAGCAGAUGAAAUUCAAUGUGAUCAAAGUGUACAUAUCAUUGACGUCCAUGAUAGUGCUGGAAAUGCUACUGAUAUACUUGAGUGUUAGUGCGAUGUACAUGGUGUCUGAGUGGCUGUCUGUGUUGUAUGUGCCUCUGCUGAUAUAUGGCAUGCACCGCACAUAUGCGCUAUGUGUGGUGCAGCUGCAACCACUCAUCAGUAGAGACGACGCACACCACUUGCUUCUGCAAUACUGGCAGGAUUACUUUGAGAACGAUGAUCCCAAGUGGCUGGACCUGCAGGCCAAGCUGGGCUGUUGCGGCUUGAGCGGUCCUCGAACUUACCUGGACUACUUGCGCAAGGUGCCUGCCGUGUGCUAUCGCCAAGGCGUUCUAGUUACUCGCGGAUGUGAGUCUGUCGUCUACGAUGCAUUCCAAGGGGUGCAUCAGCUAUCCAAGCUGCUCAUCUGGCUAGCACUGGGCAUAGAGCUCGUCGCAUUACUGCUUUACACGAGGCUUAUAAUUAGGAAAUAUAGCUAUCUAAUAUGUAGAGGAAUUGUGUACAGAAGGGAUGAGUGA